GGUAAAAGAAACCGAGAUGGGGGCAGGCAGGACUUCACGGGAUGGGAACAGACCAAUGUGUGCCUCAGCGUUUCCAGUCUAUGACAGCGUGUUACAUUAGCGGAGCAGACACGCAGAACACCCGCAGAGCCCAUGAAGCCCAGCAGACGGACCGGGACUCUGGAGCUCUGCGGGAGUCUGGAAAAUGGGAGCGGUGAAAUGAAAACAGCCGAAGAGGAAGCGCGGACUUUGUGGAUGAAAAAGAAGACCACCAAAGCAUAAUGGCUCUUCUCUUGUGGCUCAGCCUGUCACUGGUGGUGGGUGUUCAGUCUAGUGGCGUCAGGAACUGCCACCCCCGUUGCCACUGUGAGGUGGAGAGCUUUGGGCUGUUUGACAGCUUCAGCCUGACCAGGGUGGACUGUCGAGGCCUCGGCCCCGAUGCCUCCAUGCCCAUUCCCAUUCCACUGGACACUUCACAUCUGGACCUUUCAUCCAACGACAUGGGCCCUCUCAGUGAUGCCGUGCUAGCUGGUCCAGGAUACACCACUCUAGUUAGCUUGGACCUCAGCAGCAACCGUAUAAAUAAGGUAAGCCCCGAUGCGUUGUCUAAGCUGCGUUACCUAGAGAGUCUGGAUCUGAGCCACAACAACCUGGAGAGUUUGUCACCGAGCUGCUUCUCAGGUCUCCCGCUGGCUGAAGUUGACCUUAGUCACAACAAUUUCCAGGAGUUCAGCAUGGAUGUGUUUGCGUCUAAAGUGAACAGCGAACCUCUCAGCGUGGAUCUGUCUCAUAACAAGCUUGUCUCUGUCUCCACUAACUUACAUGGAAAGGUUGUACACAUACAGAGUGUUAAUCUCUCUUUAAACCUGCUAGUUAAUAUACCUAGCAUGGUAGGACUUCCCCUGAGGUACCUCAACCUGGACUCCAACCCCAUCACAAAGAUCAAGGAGGGAGCCUUCAAUCAGCUCAAAGACUUGGCUUAUUUAUCUCUGAGUGGUCUCCAUGAGCUACAAGACGUUGAGCCAAACAGCUUUAAAGGACUUGAGAACCUGCAAGUUCUGGAUCUCUCCAACAACCCUAAGCUAAAGAGUCUAAGUCCUGCAGUUUUCAGUGGACUAAACUCCCUGCAGGAGUUGAAUUUAGCAGGCUCCGGUGUGGUGUCUUUGCCCAUGAACAUGCUGACCCAUCUCCCAAGCAUUAGGAGCAUCACCCUCGGUCAAAGCAUCCACUGCUGGAGGACCCAGAAACAGGGACAGUUCCAUCGGCAGAUGGGACAUGUCCAACAUAACGAGGUUCUGCAGUGUAACGAGGAGGGCAUUGUGUUGUGAUGCUAAUGAAGAGAGCCCAUUCCAACAACCCUGUUCCAGAGCUCACCUUCUUUGAUAUGCAAACGUUUUUUUGUUUUCUCGAGUUUCUCUGACUCAAACCUUUUCUGAAGUGAUUCUGUGCUACUUGUAUUUAAUUUUUUUUAACUCAUGAUGAAAAGUCCACAACAUUUUUCAUAGCAAACUAACAUCUUCAGUGUCUUACAUUAAACAUUCUGAACAGGUAAACAUUUCCCAUCAACCGAUUAUUUUUACAAUACUAUUUAAACAUUGAAUUCAAAUCUUUCAUUACAUUGAAACAUUAAAAAAAAAUCUACUUGCA